AUGAUUACUGCAAACAUGAAAGAAGUAAUAUGCCAAAAGGUGGUAUAUGCAAGUGGUGUUCUAUAUUGGGACUAUCAAGAGGAUCUACUCUGGUUUGAUGUUGGAAGAAAUGAAGUUGGGAGCAUCAAGAUGCCUUGGAAGAUGCAAGGGUUCAAUGUUGAUGAGGAACGCCAUAGCAUUGAUGUCUCUUGCAAUGGUUUGCUCAUGUGUACAACCAUUAACAAGGAUGGUUUGGCCAUAUACCAGCUUGUGAGAAUAGAUUACCAUUGGGAGCUCAAGCAUACGAAAGGAUGGAAGAGCAUUAUGGAGAUGAGUUGCGACGAGUUCCAAUUUUGUCAUUCAAUGAAGCUACAUAAUGGGUGGCAAAACAAGUUUUAUGAGAGGUGGUUUGUGCGCCCACUUGGUCUAGAGAGUGGGAGGUGGGUUGAUAUUGGGGUGAGGCAAAAAUGGAAGACAUCAGACAAGGUAUUACGUUAUGACAUGGACACAGGCAAGGUGGAAAAUACUGGGAAGGAGUUGGGCAAUGCGUUUGUCAUGAGGUGUGUCUUUGGAUACCACAAUAGCAUGGCUACUCUUCCACCAAUUGUCGUGCCAGGAUUGCAAGAUGGAAUUUGUGAUGGUAAAUCUGGUGAUUGA